AUGGGUUCCCAAGCAGGCAUGUUGUCCAUGCUCCUCAGGGUAUUUCAGAGAGAGAAUAGAAUACACACAGACACCAGACCAAGGCAAAAGGAGGCCGGCCGCCCGUCAUUGUGGGAAAGGGCAAGAAACAACUGGUCAUGGAGAAGGCACAGGUCUGCUGGGGAGGCAUCACCCCAAGCCCCCACCAUCAAUGAGCAGGAGAAGAGACACGAGAGGUUGGAGAAGCUCAAAAGAGAGCUCCAGAACAUAAAAAAUGCCAGAGACGAACUUCAGGGAAUCCUGGCCAACUACACUAACAAGGAUUUAAAUGACAGGAUCAACUUUGAGACAUUCAUGCUUGAGAUGCAACAUGACCAGGUGAUGACUGACCUGAAGAGAAUGCCCCAGGACAUCAGUGAGGCCUUGUCCAAGUGCAAGCAGUUGACUAAAGAAAAUCAGUUCUACUGGUGA